AUGUGGCAGUUAAAAGAAGAUAUUUACUCAUUAUUUCAUUCCGAAAUUUAUGCUCCAAUUAAUGGAAUGCGAUCGAUAUCCUGUUUAACUAUAAUGUCAUUACAUAUCGGUACAAUAUUGAAUUCAUUCAUUCCACCGUAUCCACAUAUACAAUGGAUGAAUUACUUGAAUAGUUAUACAUAUAGAUUUUCAAUGACUUCAUUAUUAGCAUUGGAAACAUUUUUCAUGUUAUCUGGUUUUCUUCUCACAUUAAAAUUCAUUCAAAAUCAAGAUUCUUUCUCAUGGAAAGAAUAUUCUUUGUAUAUGCUAAAACGUGCGUGUCGUUUUUGGCCAGGAAUUUUAUUGAUCACCAUCCUAAUGCUGAUAUUAGGUGAAUCCGAAGGAAAUUGGAUAAGUUUCUGGUUAUUUUAUCAAAACUAUAUUAGUAUGGAACAAUGGUUAUGGGGCUCUGGUUUACUCUGGAGUGUCUGUCUUGAUAUGCAGAUGCAUAUCAUAUUACCUAUUAUUCUUCAUGUCGUCAUAAGCUUCAAAUCGAAUUAUCGGAGGACUUAUUCAUUAUUAUAUAUACUUAUUAUUUUAUCUAUUGUCUAUACAUUGCUUGUUUUUAAUCCAAAGACUAUGGAUUGUUCGAUGUAUAUACAUCAUUAUAAUCCCUUAGCAUUAGCAAUGCCUCAACGGAUUAUUGAGUGGAUUACAACGAAAUAUAAUGUUACAUUAGGAUUCGACAAGGUGAUCGAUUCAAAUCCAACGAAACCGUUCAUGGAGCUAAUAUAUUUGCCAAUAUUAGGUCGAUAUUCAAGUUUCAUAAUUGGAUCAAUUCUUGCAUUUAAUCUAAUCAAUACCAAAAAUAACACUAUUAUUCGUCAUGGAACAAUUAAGAAAUAUAUUUAUUUAAUAAUAACUUUCCUAUUCAUGCUCAUAUCGACGAUACCACCUGAACCAAAUACAGUCAAUCAUGUCGUAUUAACAAUUAUGAUUUCUAUUAUUCGACAAAUAUUUUCAAUAUCACAAGCAUUUAUUCUCUUUACAGCUAUUUGCCCACCAACACAUCCUUACUAUAGUCCAUGGAUUAGAUCAUUUCUAUCUCAACCAAUAUGGACACCGAUUGCCAAAUUAAGUUAUUUAGUAUAUGUAAUUCAUUGUCGAAUUGCAUUGGAAUUGAUAAUGACUUACAGUCAUAUAUUUGAUCCUACACGUUACUCAAUCGAUAGUUUACUAGUUAUAUGUCUAACACUUGUAUUAAUAAUUAGCCUGAUCAUAUCUAUCGUUUGGUCCAUUUUUGUCGAAAAGCCCUUUCAAAGAUUGAUCAAUACGCAAUUAUCUGAUACUGAAAAGUCUCAUGCAAUGUAA